GCAGGAUUAUUUGUUUAGUAUAACCAUGGAGGUGGAAUUUGGUGGUUACUGGUUUUACUAACCAUCUAAACAUUAACCAUCUCAUCUCUAAUUGUAAAUAUCAAAAUGACCUACAGUAAACGCAAUUGUAUCAUCAGUGGCCUUAUCGGAGGUGGAUUAAUUCUCUCACUAAGUGCCAUUCUUACUUACCUUUUAUCUCCAUAUCUUAUAAAGUACAUCGUAUCACAGAGGCUGAUUCUUUCUUCUCCAAGCUCCGAUGUGUAUUCUGGUUGGAAAUUAGCACCAAUUCCGAUCUAUGUUAAAUUUUACUUUUUUAAUGUGACUAAUCCUUCAGCGAUUGUUGCUGGAACCAGUGAACCAAUCCUUCAAGAAUUGGGUCCAUACACUUUUUUAGAGGUUCGUGAAAAAAUCAAUGUAACAUGGAAUCAUGAAGAUGGUUUAGUUUCAUAUCAACAACUUGCUCGAUAUUAUCCGAUUCCGGAAAUGAGCGUUGGAAGCCUUAAUGAUAGUAUAUUUCAUUUGAAUGUACCAUUAGCUAGUAUGUUAAGUCGAGCCAAAAGGAAAGAUGAUGAUCUAGUUUACGGUUUUAUUGAACAAGUUGCCGUUGGAAAUGGCGAUGAUUUGUUUCUUAAGCACACUGUUGGCGAAAUACUUUUCAAUGGAUAUCACGAUGAUCUUCUGGAUUUUAUUGAAGGCGCUGGCCUUUCUCCUGUGAGUGUUAGUCCGUUCAGCUUUUUUGGAAAUCGUAAUAACACCAACACGGAUGGACAUUUCACCAUUUACUCAGGGGAAAAGGGCACUCUUGAUAAAUUUGGCCUUAUUCAUUCUUGGAAUAAUGAGAGAAAAUUGGACAUUUGGAAUGAUGCUAAAUGUAAUUCCCUUGAAUCCACUUGGCCUGGUGAUCUCAGGCCUCCUUAUGCAUCCAAUGAUCUGGAAGAAAUUAAACUCUUUGCACCUGAUCUUUGCAGGUCAUUAAGCCUUAGCUACCUCACUCGAAAAUCAACCAAAGGAGUCGAAACAAUUAGAUAUUGGGCAAGUCCGAGUCUCUUCGACUAUUCAUUGCAAAAAAAUAAAUGCUAUUGCCUUGACUCGAGUUGCCCACCCAAUGGUAUUUUCAAUACAUCAAUUUGUACUCAUGGUUCACCUGCAUCAAUCUCGUUUCCCCAUUACCUGUUUGCUGAUCCAGUUUACACCGAUAAUAUUCAAGGUCUUCACCCGGAUCCAGAGAAGCACAUAUUUUACAUGGACCUCGAACCUAAUCUUGGAAUACCUGUUGAGACAAAGGCUCGAAUUCAAGUUAAUAUGAUGCUUGAAAAAGAUGACAAAGUUGACUUCACUGAAAAUCUCACAGCUUCUGUUAACUUACCCAUUUUUUGGAGGGAAACUUCAGCUACAAUUGGUGAUGAUCUUCUCAGCCAAUUAAUUUUACUCCAAAAACAUGUUCCUAAUAUAAUUAUUAUUGCAACGUUUGCUCAAGUUGCUAUUGCAGUUGCCUUACUCGUGGCCACAUUAAUUUGUAUCAUCAAAAUGAAUACUAUAAAUGAACUCGUUUCAAGGAGUUCAAGACCAUCCAAGCCAUUCCGACAUACUCGACCCUCUAAAAAAGAGUACAAAACUGUUAUGACAACGAGUUUUCAAAAUUGAUGUUGACUAUGCAAGGAAAUUUGUCAUUUUCCGGACCUUUUUAUCGUGAUUGUUCAAAAUGCUCUUAAACUCUAUUUUCUGCUCUUUUCCUACAAACAUAUCGCCAUAAUUUAAUUACUCACUUUGCAUUUCUCAAUCUCUUGCCUUAGUAACCUCAUCUUGACCAUCAAUUUUUCAAUAUCAACAAUGAAAAUUCAGACACACAAAAAAAUCAAAGCUGCUAAUUUUCAUGUUCAUCUCACUAUCCUUGGAAACGUCUAUCGCAUGGAUGCCUUUACUCAUUUUUAAGUGAAAAACAACUCAAAAUGUUUCAUGUGAUGCAAUUUUUUCCGUCAAAUCAAACUAGAAUCAUUUUUAUAGCCAAUUUCAAAGGACAGAUUUUUUUAUUGCAUUGAGCAUCAUUUGUUUUUUGGAUAAGUCUUCAUUAGAUAUAAUUGUUCACUCACAAAAUUGAUCAAAAAACUGGUUAAAUCUUUUUGAUGUGUACAUUGAAAGAAAGAACGAAAAGGUUUACAAAUUUUCCUAUCAUUAUUACUGCUCAAUUUUUAUAACCAAAUUGGAUUGUAAAUAGUAAUUUUAAUAAAGACUUAACUAUCAA